AAUUUUGAGGUGAAGUUUUUGUUAUUUGGUCAGUUUAUUGCUAUUCUUUAGUCUAAAGUUAUGGGAGAAUUGUUGAGCAAUUCAGCUUCAUUUUCCAUAAUAUCAAAUGGGUUUGGAUGCCGGUAUCAGUCAUGUAGCCAAAGUAGAGGUAGAAAUGGUGUCUGUUCUAGGCGUUUUCGUGGCUGCUUUUUUGUUGGUUCGGUUAUGAAGACUCCUAGAAGGCGUGUGGUACAAUGUAGGCUAAACAUGGUUUGGAUGCCGGUUCAUCAAUGUGUUUGGUUUGGUCAUUUACGAAAGAAAAUGUCACCGAUGAAUUUUCUGUUCGAGUUAUCUAGGAUAGUACCAAAGAUGGUUGCCAGUAUUGAAUCUGAGAUGGAUUGUGAAGAUGAUGAGGAAAAUAUUUUGAUCCAAAAAGGGAAAGAAGAAUUUGAGUUGGAUUCUUUGGGUCAAAAUUUGCCUCCUUGGGGAAAUUUAGUGGUUGAUGAAAGUUUGGAUUUCGAGCACACAAGUGUUGGUCAGCCUGCGAUAAGUUCAAAUGGGAAGGACAGUGUACAUGAUAGUAAGGUACACUUUUUGGAGGAAACGAACGAAGAGGAAUUAUCAAGAAGAGUAUUGAUGCUUAGUAGGUCCAACAAGGUCAGAAGUGCAUUGGAAUUGUGUAGAUCAAUGAAGUUGUCAGGUCUUCAACCCAGCGCUCAUGCAUGUAAUUCUCUUCUUUCUUGCCUGCUAAGAAAUGGGCUGGUUGAUGAUGCCUUGAGAACUUUCGAGUUUAUGAAGGCAAAUGAACUCAUUACUGGGCAUACUUAUAGCUUAAUACUGAAAGCCAUUGCAGAUACUCAGGGUUGUGAUGCAGCCCUUGAUAUGUUUGCAGAACUGGAACGGGAUUAUGAACAGAAGAAAGGUUUUGAUGUGAUUGUUUAUAAUACAGCAUUAUCUAUUUGUGGAAGAUGGAACAAUUGGGUUGAAACUGAGAGGGUAUGGAGAAGAAUCCUGGAAAAUGGCUAUAGUGGAACACAAGUCACUUAUUCCCUGCUAGUUAGCAUUUUUGUUCGUUGUAAUCAGAAUGAAUUGGCGCUUGAUGCUUAUGAUGAGAUGAUUCGAAAUGGAUUGGAACCCCGGGAUGAUACAAUGCAUGCCGUGAUUAGUGCAUGCACAAAGGAAGAAAAAUGGGAUUUGGCAUUAUCCAUCUUUCAGAAAAUUUUGAAUGAUGGAUUGAAGCCAAAUCCAGUAGCAUGUAAUGCAUUAAUUAAUUCACUUGGAAAAGCUGGAGAGGUCAGAUUAGCUUUUAAAAUCUAUGAUAUUAUGAAAUCCUUGGGUCAUACACCAGAUGCUUUCACAUGGAAUUCACUGCUUGGUGCUUUGUAUAGGGCAAAUCAAUAUGCUGAUGCUCUCCACCUCUUUGAGAGAAUAAGGAAACAGAGCUCACUAGCAAAUGUACAUCUGUACAACACUGCUUUAAUGUCAUGCCAGAAGCUUCGUUUGUGGGAUAGGGCCUUGCAGCUUUUAUGGCAAAUGGAAGCCUCAGGAUUGUUGGUUUCAACUGCAUCCUAUAAUCUUGUCAUCAGUGCUUGUGAGACUGCCAGGAAACCUAAAGUUGCAUUGCAAGUUUAUGACCACAUGAUUCAUCAGAAGUGUGUUCCAGACACAUUUACUCAUUUGUCACUUAUAAGAAGCUGCAUUUGGGGAUCUCUUUGGGCUGAAGUAGAGGAAAUUCUAAAUAGAGUUCCAGAAAAUGUAUCUCUAUAUAAUGCUGUUAUUCAUGGAAUGUGUUUAAAAGGCAAGGUGGAAUCAGCGAAGAAACUGUACAUGAGAAUGCGAAAGAAUGGUCUCAAACCUGAUGGCAAAACCAGGGCAUUGAUGCUUCAGAACUUACGAAAAGAUCAAAUCAAAGUGAAGAGGUCGUCCUACCAUUCUAGAUGAUUAAACUACUAUUUGUGGCUAAUUUAAAAGCUAAAAAUGACCGAGUGAAGGGAAGAGUUAUCUGGCCAUCGAGUUGUAUCCAGUUGUCUCCCUGUGUCUUGUAUGUAUGAAUGUGCAUGUAUAGCAGAAAGUGAUGGGUUGUUACAUAAUUUCACAAAUUAGCAGGUUCAUAUUUGUCUUUACAAAUCCAUUGCUUGUUGUAAAUGUACUUGUUUUAUCAUGCUUGUUAAUUACCUCUACUGAAAGGAGCUCCUUUGUUGCUAAA